GGAACAUAAGUAUUGACUUGGAUUACUUCUGCGUAUCUGCUCCGACAUCAAAUCCAACAUUCUUCUUACCAAACUUCAACAGCAUUCGAGCCAGGUAAUAUCAAUCAACCCUAUACUCCAUUCCACCACCUACCAACUUACCGUCUGGAACUCUAUACAACCGCAUCAUCACUCAUCCAUACAACCACAAACCCAAACCCCUCUACUUCUCCGCCCAACUCAAUCCAUCCAAUCCAUCCAACCCAAUAUGAACAACCUCAACCCCAAAAUGCCCCCCCAAGACCCCAAAAAACAAUCCCACCUCCUAGAAAGAACCCACACCUUCCUGACGCACCUAACCACCCAAGCCCCACUCACCCCAACCCUCCUCUUCAACUUCUCCAGCGAUAUCAAAAUCCACGAGCACGGGCUACCCUCCCUCGCCCCCUUCCUGGGCAGGGAUUACGUCGGCCUGGACGCCGCGCGACGGUAUUUCGAGGAGAUGGGCGCCCGCCUCCGGUACGAGGGGAUGCGGUUCGAGGAGGAGGCGGAUUGGGUUGUGGAUGUUGCGCGGGGCGUCGUGGUGGUGCGUGGGUGGGCAAGGUUUGUGGCGCGGCGGACGGGGCAGGGGUGGGGGGAGGGGUUUGUUUAUCGGUUGCGGAUUGGGGGGGAUUCUUGCGGAAAUGAAGGGGAUGAGGGGGAUGGGCAGGUGAAGGUGAAGGUGAAGGAGUACCUGGUUUGGGCGGAUACGGGGGCGGCGUAUCUGGCUUUGAGGGGGGAGUUGCAU